GAGCGAUGGCGGCGGAGCAGCAGCAGCAGCCACAAGGGGUUGAGCUGCACGGUCUGAGCGAUGAGGCGGCCUAUAGUAUGUGUAGUGACCCGCACCAACUCACUAAGGAUUUUAUGCUGCAACAGACGAUGCUCCGGAUAAAAGAUCCCAAAAAGUCCUUGGAAUUUUAUACAAAUGUUCUUGGAAUGACCCUCCUUCAGAAAUUUGACUUCCCCUCUAUGAAAUUCUCGCUCUACUUUAUGGCCUAUGAGGACAAGAAGGAUAUCCCGGCAGAUGUGAAGGAGAGAACGGCCUGGACAUUUUCCCGCAAGGCAACUCUUGAGCUCACACACAACUGGGGAACAGAAAAUGACGAGAAGCCUUAUCACAAUGGCAACUCUGAUCCCCGGGGUUUUGGUCACAUUGGCCUCGCUGUCCCAGAUGUCUAUGCUGCUUGUAAGAGAUUUGAAGAACUUGGGGUCACCUUUGUAAAGAAACCAGAUGAUGGCAAAAUGAAAGGAUUAGCUUUUAUUCAAGACCCUGAUGGAUACUGGAUUGAGAUUCUCAGUCCCAACAACAUGCUGUCUAUAAUCUAAAGGUGCUUCAAUCAAGAUUCCAUUUGGCACAUAGAGAAAGUGUUAAGUUCUGUGGGGAAUAAUUCUAUAAAUAAAUGACUAUUAUGCACUUAUUCUCAUUUCCCUUUCCCUAAAAUACAUCAAGUUGCUUCCUUUCAUUUACACUUAAUAUCUGGAGCGAGUAUGGCAAGACCCCAGGCAGACUCCGGCCUCUCUUGUGGGGUCGGUAACAGCUGUAGGUGGUUGGAUUUCCAGACCUGCUCCGACGAUUAGAACAAAUGCCCUUGUGUUCUUUCUCCUUGGAAUAGACAUGUAUUUACCCUAUUUUGGGCAAUUUCUUGGCUGCUCAUUAAUAUAAACACUGGGUUCAGGCCUGAGUUAACAGGCCACUUAUGUUUACAAUCAAGAUCUCACUUAAACCGACCACUCAUGGACUGAUUUGGCUACAUCCAACCAAUCCCUAUGAACAAUAUAUUUGUAGGGUAUUUGGCUAAAUUCUGGCUAAUAAGCAAUUCAUUUAGAUGCAUAAUGCAGACUGAACUGAUUUAUGUGCAGCCAUGCACCAUGCAUCUACAUUAAUUGAUUAGCCAUGCAGGCUGUGUAUUCCAUAUGUGUACGGUUUUAAAGGGGUGAGGUGGAAACCCUAGUUACAACAGUAACACAGGUCACCCUGUUGCCCACACUGCCAGUCACUUGGAAAUAGCAAAAUCAGUCCCUGUGUAGCUAGCUAUAUGACUACAGAGUAUAUCUCUUUAGAUACGUUCUAGAGAACUAAAUGCUACUAAAAUCUGUGAACAUUUGCAGUUGACAGAAGUGAAGUGUAACUGCCGGAAGUAACUACAUGGUAGCAGUGAUUAUUGGUUUAUCCAUCACUUAAAGGAUAAGUAAACCUUAAAAAUAAGUGAAUGUAAAAUGGAUGAGGGUGCUAUUGUAAACACUUUCAUCAUUUACAUUGAUUAUUUAUUUUGUUUUUAUUCCAAGAUAUUAAGGGAUACAUGUACUGUUAAAAUGAAUGAAUUUUGUUACAACAGCACCAUCUGCUGGUCAGUUUCUGACCACCAAGUAGUCAAGGAAGUUGUCAGGACAAAGAGACUGUUCUGAUGUUCUUCUGCUUAGUAAAGAUUUGAGGGAGGUUUAUAUAUUUUUUUUACCUAAGCAGAAGAACAUCAGAGCAGCCUUUUAUUUUAUCCUGACAACUUCCUUGACUACUUGGUGGCCAGAAUGGUGGGAAAAUGACCAGCAGGUGGCGCUGUUGUAACAAAUUUAAUUCAAAUUAACAGAACAUGUAUUCUUUAAUAUAUUGGAAUAAAACCAUAAUGAAUGUAAAUGACAAAAGUGCUUAGAGUAUCACCCUCGUUAAUUUUACAUUCACUUAUUUUUAAGGUUUAUUUAUCCUUUAAGGUUUGUUCCACGACCAUUUCCCAGUAUAGGGACGUUUGGCUAGACUGCACUGGGAUCCCAUAGGAAUACAGUCAGUCUAUCAGCAAUGAAAAUGCCUUUAUAAUUAUGGCAGUUUGUUCCCUCGAGGCACACAGUGUAGGCCAUAUAUUCUUGGACAGACUGAAACAAUCACAGUGAGGAGCAUUGGAUGAGAGGCUUACCCAUUGUACCAGUUCAUUGAUUUCCCAGCAUGCAAUGGCUGCCAUUGGGAGUCUGAUCCCAAAAUGCAGCCCAACCUAAUCUCUGGUCUGCUCCAGUUCCAUCCAUUAUUUCACCCUUUUGUUCUUCAGUGGUAAAAGGCUCCACUUAAACUCUGCACUUCUGUGUGAGUCACUGGUAUAUAAAGUGUUAAUAUCAACAUUUCCACUCUGCCAUCCAUUUACAGCACUGUGGGAAAAUCACCUCACCCUGGUGUUAAGGAACUUGAUGUAGAUGCCAUAAAUCCUGAUAAUACUAUUAGUGCCUCCAUUAGGAACCAUUAGUGUUAAACCUUGAUUGACCCGAGAUCAUGUGAUAAAACUGGAUUUUUUUUUUUAACGCCAAAUAAAAGGUUUAAUACAA